UAAAAGGUGUGUGCUAUAGCCAAGGGUCUCGAGAUAUUGGACUCUUAACUGAAUUUCAACACAAAUUAGGCAUACUUUUUACAUUUUUAAAUGUGAGCAAUGUGAAAUUCAUUUUUAGAUGCUCAUUUAUACAUACUUGGGAAACUCCUGUUUCAUAUAGCUUUCAAGCAGUUUUUCAAGCAAGCUUUCUUGCUAAGAGAUAGAAGGCCCAGGGUAUGGUAGUGGCACAGACUUAAAGUCCCAGUGUUAGCUCUGGAGGCUCAGACAGAGGAUCAGCAUGAGCUUCAUGGUCAGUUGGAGGCCAACAUGGACCACAUUGAUGACUGGACUUGAUCUUCAAAACAAAAUGGGGUACAAGCAGAUACCUGUUUGUUGGGAACAAUGUGUCCGCUGCUUCCAUACACAAGUUGAUAAGCCAGAAAAUGGCAGGCUGAUUUAUACUGGAAACCUGGCCCGAACGAUAUUUGGUGUGAAAUGUUUCUCUUAUUCUACAAGUGUUGUCAGCCUUGCAUUCUUGCCGUACCUUCUCUCACAAAAUAACAUGAUGUUUGGAAGUCUGCCUUUGCAAGUCUUAUUUUACGGAGUCAUGGGAAGCUUCACAGUGAUCACUCCCACGCUGCUUCACCUUCUUACAAAAGGCUAUGUCAUUCGGUUGUAUCAUGAAGCCACAAGUGACACUUACAGAGCUGUCACUUACAAUGUUAUGCUUUCGGAAACCAGCACAGUGUUUCACCAAGACGACGUGACAAUUCCAGAGAGCGCACAUAUAUUCACCAGCUUUUAUGCUAAAACAAAAUCGCUAUUAGUUAAUCCAGCACUCUUUUUAAACCCUGAAGACUAUAACCAUCUAAUGGGUUAUGACAAACCGUUCACUUUUGAUAUGGAAGAAGUCGAUGAAAAGAAACUGCAUGAGGGUGAAAAAUGAACCUGUUCUUCAUUUGUGCUUAAAUGUCAUGUAUUUUCAGGGUAUAAUAAGAUUGCCUUUAUUUUGUUAUUGUUAGUUAAUGAUUGUAGAAACAAAACAAAACAAACAAAAAAGUGUAAGGGCUGAGGACACAGCAAUUGGCACUGUGUUUGCUGAUGUGAGGCCCUAGAAUUGGCCUUCAUAGAAGCAGGAUGCUUUUGUACACUUAGAAUCCCAGCACAUGGGACAGCGAGGUAGGAAGAUUAGAAAUCUGAGGUCAUCCUUGGUAAUGUAGUAGGUUUGAGGUUAGCCUGGACCUUGUCUUAAAAACAGAAGUUGAAACUAUCAAGCAGAAUUUCUGAAAAAUUUUUACAUGACAAUGUUCCUAUGUAAUAAAAUAUGUUUAAAUUAAAUAUGUAAAAUGUGGAUGGUCAUGAAUAUUCUGGUAUAUGUAUGGCUACAUUUAUUUACUUAUAUUUUGUUUUUAGACAGAAUCUUACUAUGUAGACCAGUCUGACCUUGAAUUCAUAGAAAUCUAUCUGCUUCUGUGUGUGCCACCACAUCUGAGCCAUGUAUGGCGGUACAUCAGAACCGGAGCGGUGGCUCAGUGGUUAAGAGCACUGGCUGUUCUUCCAGAGGUCCUGAGUUCAGUUCCCAGCAACCACAUGGUGGCUCACAACCAUGAGGGGAUCUGAUGCCCUCUUCUCGUGUGUGGAUGUAUAUGCAGGAGAGCACUCAUACAUUAAAUAAAUAAAGGAUUAAGGCCUUAAAUAAAUUAAGGCAUGCCACCAUUACCCAGUAUGUGUUUGUUUGGUUUUGGGUUUUUGUUUGUUUUGUUUUUAGUUUUUUUAAUUAUUAAAAUCUUAUGUGUAA